AUGUCGGAAACCACGGGUCAGUCCGUGCCGGCCAGGCUGACUCGGCCGGCCAAGCUGUUGGCACAGGAUGAGCUCGUCAUCGAUGUCGUCCCAUGGCAGUGCUGGACGCGGUAUCCUGAUGCUACCCGUGGCGUCAAGUUUGUUGACGUUGACUUCCCUGAUCUCAUGCUCCGGAAGCGAGAGAUCAUCCUCCAAACCCCAGAGCUCAGGCAGCCUCUCACGCAACUGCAACUACAGGACAGAGCCCCUCUUCUACUCAGGAGUGACUCUUACUACCAGAUCGGGUGCGACCUGCGCCAGACUUCAACCAUCCAGUCGGUCCUAGAGGAUAUCUUCGACCUUGCCAACUCGACGGUCCUCUUCCUUGCCGAAGUCUCCAUCACCUACAUGGAGACGGAGACUGCCGACGCUGUCAUACACUGGGCAAGCGGCCUCACAGGUGACGCCCACUUCAUUCUGCUUGAGCAGCUUCUGCCAGACGGACCGGAACACCCUUUCGCACAGACGAUGCUCCGCCAUUUCGAGAAGCUCAACACACAGAUCAAGUCUGUUGACAGGUAUCCAACUCUGCCGGACCAGGAGGCCCGUUUCAUAGCCCAGGGGUGGAAGCAUGUAUAUGCCAGGAACUUGUGGCAGACCUGGGACGAUGAUUCCUUUUUGACCCCACACCAACGGCAUGAACUCGACGAGAUUGAACCUUUUGAUGAGUGGGAGGAAUUCGCUCUGUUCGCCGCCCAUUAUUGCCUGGUCCACGCAAGCAACGAAGCCGCCUUUCCCCUGCUGCCCUCGACCAGUGCACCCUCAAGCUUUGGCAUACCGCAGGCAAGAGUGUGCAUCGACUUCAGCGAGGUCCCCGGGUCCAAAGGUGUCCGGCGGUUUGCAGCUCCUCUGCAGUUUCACGACCCAACGGGUCAUUCUGUAGUGGGCAAUUUCCUAGGGCUUGGAAACAACAAGCGGUUGAGGUCGUAUGAUCUAUACAGAUCGUCCACCAGUCCAGCCCAGGAUCUCCACCUAGAUCAGACUGGGCCAAAUGCAAGGAUGUGCCAUAGCAUCACGGAGCUUGGUGACUAUGGCCGCCUCCUGGUGGGCGGCCGUACCUCGCCGGCGCAGCCUCUCGAUGAUGCUUGGCUCUUCAGGCCGGGUAAGAACAAUUGGGAGCGGACCUCCCGCCUGCCCAUUCCCCUGUAUCGUCACUCCAUCACCAGGCUCGGAGAUUCGUCGCUGGCUCUGCUCUUCGGGGGACGGUCAGGGCACUCGGACGUGUCAGAUUCUUCUUUCGUUUAUCACCCCUUCAAGGGUUGGACUAAGUGCAUGGUCUCUGGGACGGUCUACCCAAAAGCGGUCUUCGGCGCGGUGUUGAUGUGCGCUGGGCGUGCGCAACAUGAGCCAGCCGUGUUUCACGGGCUACUAGCGGGAGGUAUGCAGAGAGACGGCAAGAUUGCAGACCAAACCUUCCUCUGGAGUCUUGAUCUCUCAAAUCCCGGUAAUCCCGCCAUAACCUUCAGGCACUGCACCACCGAGGGUGCGACCCAUGUGAAUGGGGCGUACGGUCAUCUUGUCAACAGAUUCGGAGCCACCUCUGUUGCUCUUGAUUCGAACAUAUUUCUCAUCAUUGGCGGCAUUGUGAGGUCUGAUAUCCUUCACCAAGAUUACGACAUCCUGGUCUGCAGACUUUCACUCGAGGGCGCCACUUGUCAAAUCAUUGGCCGCCUGAGCGAUGUUGCCACACUGGCAGAGAACCAUAUCCCACGGCCUUUGUUGAUCGGCUCUUCGGCUAUCAAGACAGGCAACGACCAAGUCGUCGUCAUUGGAGGCGGAGCUACGUGCUUCUCCAUGGGCACUUUCUGGACCAGAGGGGUCUACACCCUCGCUGUCAACAACAUUGCUGGCGAGAACAGUAGAAAGCAAGUUGGGCAGAGCUUGCCCAGAUGGAAGUACUGGCGUGAUCUUGAGCUUGUCACGUCCGCCGCCGUCAUAGGACCUCAAAUCGACACGAGGGGCGCGGCACACCUGGAGAUUGCUAAGAUCCCACGCGUCGGCUUGAAAGAUACGGAUGAGUUCGAGGGGAUUGUCACGGAAGCCCGACCAGUUGUGCUAGAGGGAAUAGCUCUCGGACCGUGCGUCCAGAGGUGGACACCUGAGUACUUAGCCCAGUCCGUCGGGCUGGACAAAACGGUCAUUGUCCACCAGUCCCCGACACGGAAAAUGGAUUUCAACGCAAAGAACUUCCAAUACGUGACGAAACCCUUCGUCGAAUUCGUGCAUGAGGUCGAACAGGGCAAGAAGCUAUAUAUGCGGGCUCUGUCUAGCACAGAACCGGCUGACAAGCCAGCCAACCUUGAAAGGGAUUUUCCAACAUUAUCUAGCGACUUUAUUUUGCCGGCCGAGUUGUCCUUUGUUACCUCGCGUCUUUUCAGCUCGAUCCUGCGGAUCUCGGGGCCGGUAGAUAUGUGGCUUCACUACGAUGUCAUGGCCAAUGUUUAUUGCCAAAUCCAAGGAUCCAAACGAUUUAUACUCUUUCCGCCUUCGGACAUUGUCUAUCUUCCAAUAGCUCCAGGUGCUUCCAGCUCCAGCGUCGAUGUGUUCUCGUCACUGGAUACCCCAGCCCUGUCCCAGGCCCAUCCAUAUGAGUGUAUAUUGGGCCCCGGCGAGGUGCUUUUCAUUCCUCCGCUAUGGCUUCACACCGCCAUGCCAGUUUCCGACAUGAGCAUAGCCGUUAAUGUGUUUUUUCGCGAUCUCGCCGCAGGAUACUCGCAAGGGCGUGACGUAUACGGUAACCGCGACCUCGCAGCGUACGAAAAGGGUCGGCUCGACAUAGCCCGAACGGCUAGUGGGCUCGGAAAGUUGCCACCCGUGAUUAGAAACUUCUACCUAGCCCGCCUGGGUCAAGAGUUGCAGCAGUUAUCUUUGUCCGGUUGA